UCAGCUGCGACUGCGAUAAAGGAAAAACGUCAGACAAAAGUGGAAAAGUGCAGUGAAAAUUCUGUUGGCAGCUGGUAAAAUUCGUAUUUCCCGCAGUAAAACCGCAUCAAAUCCUAUCGAAAAGCAGUGCAAUAGUUAGCCAACGAUUCGGUGCGUUCACUGCAAUAGUUUUUAGGUGGCAAAAGCUAAAAUCCGUCGCGAAAAAAGCAAAAAUCUGAAGGGGUGCGUCGUCGUCUCGUAUUGGUCGGUCGGAAGUUUUCAACUUUUCGUCGCCUGUGCGGUGGUGGAUUUUCCCACUGGGUGGGUGCGCGGAGUGGGUUGAGUGGGUGGUGCUCCCUUCGGAUUGGUUGUUUUGACGUGGGUGGUAGGCAGCAUCCCAAAUCAAAACAAAAACAGAUCGACUGUUUUUUGCUUUCUCGUUUUGCGGUUGUAAAAGGACUGUGUUUGUGUUUGGUUGUGCGGCGAAUUUGAUCGCAAUGCUCGACGGUGGAGGCCGGACCACAUGAGACCGUACGGCUGCUGCUGCUGUUUCUAUGAAUGAAGGAGGAGGUGGCGGAAAAUAGAAAUUUGAGAAAAAUCGAUUUUUUAUAUAGAGGGUGCCGGAAGCGUAAGGAAAAAAAAAUGUUUGGCCGUACGGAAACCAAGAAGGAUAGCUUCCUGGAGCAAACCAAAGCCGCUCGAGAGGAACGGGCCAACGAGCGGGCAUUGGAGGAGAAACGGGAUAAGUCGAUUGUGUUGCUACAGAAGAAUAUUCGCGGCUGGCUUGCGAGGACCCAGUUUAGAAGAUUGAUUUUAGAGGAAUUUGACACCCUUCUACCGCCCGUUACAAAUCCCACGAAAGACAUCGAAUUGAAACCCUGCCUGCAAGUGUACCACGCCGCGUCACACUUUAUCCUGCAGUGGAAGACUGAUUCUCCGGAAGAUUCGGCCAACUAUGAACGCUUGGAGCGUCUGUGUCGUUAUCUGACCGCAAGUUUGGAAUCGGAUUCUCCCAAAACCAGCUACAUUGGCGUAGCGUUGAACAAAGACUACAGUCUAGCAUGGAUACGGCACAUCAAGAAGCUUCUGUAUCGUUGCUGCAUGGCCAUGGACCUACUACGGCCGGAAGCGCACAGCGAUAGCAUAUCAUUAGCCUUAUAUUUGCACACGCUGGUGGCGUUCACGUCGACCAAUAGCUGGGUUUUGCUGAGGAACAAAUCUUUGGCAGGAUUGAAACCAGGAAUGCUCCAGCUCUGCAGUAACAUCAUGGGUGAUUUAGUACAAAAAGGUUUCUACCUGAACCUUCGGAGUGUCCUGGUGAAGGGAACCUGUCGAACGGUCAUCACACUUAAGCCGAUUUCCCUGACGGCCAUAAUGACCUUGGCCGUUCGACCGCUUAUUUCCAGCAACUUCAGCGAAAACCUGAUGUCCCAGUUCCUGGUGCAGAUUCUAUCCGUUCCGGGGAUCACCUUCCAGUUGGAACAGUUUGCCCAAGAGUGUCUUACCAACCUGCAAUCGCAUCAUAUCCUGGAGAAAUCACUGGAUCUCCUCAGCACCGAGUCCACCAUGAAGUACGUUAUCAAUACGCUACAGAACUCGUAUCUUCUUUCCCUUCUGUCCAACAUCGUGCAUCUGUACUAUCUGGAAUCUCCGGAAAAUGCCUCCAAACUAGCUUAUCCAACCUUCACCUUUGUGGUGACACAGCUCCUCGGCGGUAUCCUCAAAAGCGUCGGUCAAUCGGCCGGAACAUUCACCCAGUGGCACGAACUGCUCGGAUGGUUCACUCCCGGAAAGGAACGCCUCCAAAACGAAAACCUCCCGCUGAUCAAAAAGCAAAUCCAUCUCCUAUGGAACCAUCGAAUCGUGCGGCUCCUACUCGGCGAGAACCUCAAAGAACUGGCCGUCGGAUAUGAAACCAUCGAGUACAGCAUCCCCAGUGGGAACAGUACGGGGAAUUUGCUAAAACGGGCGUUGACGUUUGAGAGGAGCUCCAUUAAGACUGGCGGAGGUGGCCCAGGAGAGAAGAAGACUAACAAAUCGUUCCGAAAAAUUGGAUCGGCCGAGAUGUCCCGGGUGGCGCUGACCUGUGCGAUGUAUCACGCGGCGCUGAAUGCACUGUCGCAGCUAAGGUUGGACAUUUUGUCGGGUUUAUGCUACAACGACACCGUUCUCCACGACCUAUGGCUGCUUCUUGGUUCGCUUGGACCAACUUGCGGUCUGAAAGGCUUCAUUGAACUCUUGCAAGUCAACCAAACAAGCUACGAACCGCCUCUUCUACUACUGUCUCUGUUCUGUGACUGCAUGACCCACUACGUCACAAUCCUCGACGAUCUGGAAAUGUACGAACAGCAGAAUCCCUUCACCCUCAAUGACUACAUCGCGCUGUCACACUUUCUCAACACAUUUCUCUACCGGACGAUCCAGGACCAAAUUUUCGACAUCAAAACCGUGACCAGCGCUCCGCUGUUCGUGUCCACGCACACCCUGCUACUGUGUUUGUACCGGCGCGACUGUCGGCGUUCGUUUGCCCCGCAGAACCACUGGCUGAUUCGGGACAUCCGACCGUCGCACUUUCUGACCGACCUGGAAAAGGGCAAGAAGCAUACCCAGAUCCUGCUGCAGAAGAUGCCGCACAUUAUCCCGCACGAAGAUCGGGUGCAGCUGUUCCGGAAGUUCGUCCAGAACGAGAAGGCGGUGCUGGGGCUGACGGAAUCGGCAUGUGCGUCUCCCAGCUCCGCCUUGGUCACGGUUCAUCGCGAUCGGAUAGUGGAAGAUGGUUACCGGCAGCUGGCGGCGCUUCCCCCUCACGCCCUAAAGGGCGUAAUUCGGGUACGGUUUGUCAACCAACAGGGUCUGGACGAAGCCGGUAUCGAUCAGGACGGAGUGUUCAAGGAAUUUCUCGAGGAAACGAUCAAGCGAGUUUUCGAUCCAUCGCUAAACCUGUUCAAAACGACCACAGAGCAAAGGCUGUAUCCGUCGCCGACGUCGCACAUGCAGGAAAACCACCUACAACUGUUCGAGUUUGUCGGAAGAAUGCUGGGCAAAGCGGUCUACGAAGGGAUUGUGGUGGACGUCCCAUUCGCUUCGUUCUUCCUGUCGCAAGUCCUAGGUCAAACGCAUCAGGCACUGUACAGCUGUAUGGACGAGCUGCCGUCGCUGGAUAAGGAACUGUAUCGGAGUUUGACCUUUAUCAAGCACUACCACGGGGAUGUGGCCGAUUUGGAUCUCACGUUUAGCGUGGAUGAGGACGUUAUGGGAAAGAUUGUGACGCACGAGUUGUAUCCCGGAGGAAAGGCGCGGGCCGUCAACAACGAUAAUAAGAUCAACUACAUCCACUAUAUGGCGUACUUCCGCAUGCAUACGCAAAUACGUGAUCAGACGGCUGCAUUCAUUCGGGGCUUCCGCAGCAUAGUGAAUCCCGAUUGGUUGGCCCUAUUUUCCACUCCGGAGCUACAACGACUGAUAUCCGGUGAUACGGCUCCACUAGAUCUCAAGGACCUCCGUAAACACACCCAGUAUUAUGGGGGAUUCCACGAUGGCCAUCGCGUGGUCGGCUGGCUGUGGGACAUUCUUGCCAAAGAUUUCAGCGAAGAAGAGAAGAAGCUGUUUUUGAAGUUCGUAACCAGCUGUUCCAAACCUCCACUGUUGGGCUUUGCCCAUCUCGAGCCGCCAUUUUCGAUUCGCUGCGUCGAGGUGGGCGACGACGAGGACAUUGGCGACACCGUCGGUUCGGUAAUUCGGGGAUUUUUCACCAUCCGGAAGAAAGAUCCCCUCAACCGGCUGCCAACAUCGUCCACGUGUUUCAAUCUGCUGAAGCUGCCCAACUAUCAGAAGAAAAGCAUGCUCCGGGACAAGCUGCGCUACGCCAUCUCCAGCAAUACGGGCUUCGAGCUGUCGUAAGUCUGUGUCGUUCUUCGUCAGGUAUGUUUUAUUAUGAAAGAACGUAAUGAAAAGCCGUACUCGUUUUGGAAUUUAUGUUGAUAAAAGUAUAUUUUUAGAAUACAGAUGUUAUUUUUCUAUACCUUUGUACUGGAAGCAAAUAGCUAAUAUUCGCGCAUGCAACUCCUUUUGAGUGGUACACCACUGUACUACACCGAGUAGUUUCAAAUUAAUGUUCAUCAUCCAAACAUAUUCAAAAAGGUAUAUUUUUCUAUUCCGUGGCACGAAAUAAGAGAUUAUGAAGAAGCGCAAAGAACCUUCACUAUCGAAAUGGAGCAAACCGGAAGUUGAAAAGAUGAUGUAUUAACUGUGAUAGUAAAAAAAAUAGAAUAAGCGAUAGGCGAACUACGAUUGAGAAUGCGAUAUCGACUACCGAACUCUUCCAAAUUUAUUUACGCAAACAGUUUGAACCAUUUUUACUCGACUCUUAUUAGAAUCCGAUCACACAGCACAUUACAUACCCCGAAAGCGUUACAUUGUUUGCGUAGCAAUUAGCUUGUACGGUUGCCUCUUGCGUCUGCUGCAUUCGGACGGAGGAAAUCGGUUGCUUUUCGAUGUUUAGUGUGAAUUCGUGUCUGUUAAAAAUGGCAAUCCCUUAGUAGGGCCCAUUCAAAUCGUAGGUAACUAGCCCUCAUUCAUAAUUCGGUUUCUCCUGUACAAAUCAUAAACCAGCAAUUAGAUCAAACCAGCAAUGGGAAGAGAUUAUCAGUUUAGUCGUUUCGAGGUUUUCGAGUGGCAAUAGCAGCAGAUCGAUCGCAAAUCCUUGUGUUUAAGUUCAGUGUCAACGUUGUGUAGCGAGCGUAAUUCCGUAGAAAAGUGUAAAUUGUUCAGACGCAAAUAGCGAAAUCAUUGUCAGUGACUAAAUACAGCAAAAGUUAAUAAAAAUGCAAAAGUAUUAUGUAA